CCUCUCUCUGCCCCAACCCUCUCCUCCACCAUGACACUAUUGGCCUCCGAGAGGUCGCUUCUCAUCAGGAACAAGUUCCGCUCAGUCCUGCAGUUGAGGAUUCAGAACCGAAGGCAGAGUGAAAUCAAUGCAGACUCAGGGCUAAAACCUGCGUGCCCACCUAAAAAAGCAGAGAAAGACCAGAGUGAAGCUCUGCGUCUUGCUGAAGAUGGUGCUGCAAAAAAGUUGCCCCCUGGUGGUCUCAAUGCUGAAACUGCACAAGAGAGAACUUUGUGUGGGGCCCCGAGGCAGAAGAAGGCUCGGCAGACGCAGGACCUUACUGAAAGGAUCCAGCGUCCGCCAGGGCCUGUGGAUCAACAGCACGAACACACACUGCCCCUGGAGAACCGUCCUGCCUCUUUCCCUCUGUCCGCUGAUGUCUUCGAAGAUGACAUUUCCUCCUGCCCCUCCUCCUCGCCUACUGAGCAUCAUGGCGUUCAUCAAUCACCAGCCUUUUCUUCAUUGCCAGGGCUCUCAGGUGACCAAUUACUGAGUGACUUCUCAGCUGUGGGCCCGCCCCUGAUCCAAAGCCCCGGACAUUCACAGCCUGGUUUGGCAUUGCUCCCGGCAACCGAGGGCAUUCGACAACCCAUGAGUGUAACACUUUCUGACUCAAACGCAAUGGUAACAACUGGGAGACCCAAUGGGAUGUACCUGACCUCUCAGACCACACCCCUGCUGCCAAAGACAGCUCAGCCUCCCAGCCCCAACUGCACCUCCUCACUGCCCACCUCCCUCAACUUCAACCAUCUUCCCCGCCCACGGAAACCGCGCGACACCAAACCCAAAAUGAGGAAACUCAAAUAUCACCAGUACAUUCCUCCAGACCAGAGAGGAGGGUCUGGGACUGGAGGAGGAGCCAAACAGAAGAGUCCUGCUCCUACCCAGUCCUUAGAUCCAGCCUACUCCCAUAUACUGAAACAGCAGCAGGUCUUCCUCCAGCUGCAAAUCCUCCAAAACCAGCAACAACAACAACAACAGCAACAACAACAACAACAGCAGCAGCAGCAGCAGCAACAGCUCACAGUUGUGCCCAGUGAUCACAAUGAUCUUGUGAAGUCCUCUGGAGCCAUGCCAGUGAACCCCCAACCUGUCCCCGCCACAACAAACCACACCCCUUCAGAAACAAACUCUGCAUCCAAGCCUGAGCUUCUCCCUGCAAAUCUCGUUGAUCUAACAGUAUCAGAGUUACGGCAGCAGCUGCGAAAGCGUGGCCUCCCCGUCUCCGGCACAAAGCCAACUCUGUUGCAGCGUCUCCGCCCAUUUCAGAUUCCUCACUCCUGCAUCACCCCUGCUCCCCUCUGCCAGCUGGGUACCAGCCUGGAGCCUCUCACCCCUACUGCCCUGUUGCCAUCCAGCCAGAGCCCCUGCUCAAGCUCCAGCUCUGGACAAGACUCCCCCAGCAGCAGCCCGAACCAACAGAUGUACAUCCCGGAUAGAGUAGUCCCUAAUGGGAUUCUCAGUGACGCUCAAAAUGGAAUUCUGAACAAUGUGCCGAAUGGUUUCUCGAAUGCUUCAGUCAGUUUGGCGGGUGAACAAUGUCUUUCCAACGCUGUCUUCCUGGCUCCUGCCAGCACCGCCUCAGGAACUCCAAGUCCCAGUCUCCCCAUGUCGUCGUCCUCGCCCCUGCAGUGUGGGACUCCCUGGAGAAGUGAGAAUGAGCAGCAGCAGCAGCAGCAGCAGGAGCUGAGUGUGGAGCUGGAAAUGAGGGAGAGGUUACGGAGCAGGCCUAGGGACCGCACCACCAGCACUGGCAACGAGUCUUGUGGGGGAUCUCUUCAUCCGUUCCUGCAACAGGAUCCUGGAUGCUCCAGAGGGAAGCAAGAAACAGACACACAGACGGAGGUGUUGUUUACACAGGUGUUUUGCUGCCAACCAUGUGAUGUGAUUGGCCAGGAUUUUGAGCUGCCAGUGCAGAUUACAGCGAGUCCAGUUCAGACCUUGCCCAGUGUUCGCAGCUUGGAGGAGGAACUACAGGAGGCGAUCCAGAAAGCACAGAUGGACCCUCGGCAGUCCAUAGAUGACAUUCUAGAUGAGCCCAUAGCUUGUGUUGGCUCUGUUAAUGUCUGUGAUCAUAAAUCCCCUGCUUACUCAGUCCCGGGCCCUUCGCCGCCUCCUCCUCAAGCAGAUCAGUGCCAGGCCUCCCAGCAGCAUAGGGAUGACAGCUUCCUGCCCUCACCUCUUUGCUCCUCUCUGUUACUGGAACUCCCUCCAUCUCCAGCUGUAAUAAAUCCCAGCCAGGUGAACCCAGCUCCUCUCCCGCCUCCCAUUUGUACUUCCCCUUUGCCGUCCACUGGGAAGUCCCGGAAACGACGGGCUCUGACAUCGUUUGACGCUGCUGACUGGCUUGAAACACUGACAUCUGGCCUCCGCCCUCUUACUCCCCCGACAGCUCCUUUUGUUGAGUCAGACUUCAGUCUGGAUUCAGAUCUGAAUGUCAGUCGAGUGUUGGAUCUAAUGAUAGAGCAGUGGUGAGGAAUUCUGUGUGCAUCAGUGUUUGUAGGUACUGUAUGUGAACGUUUUUUUGUGAUGGUAGUGAAUGGGGCGAAAAUGCAUCCCACUAAGGGCCCAAGAUUGUGAAUAUCCUCCAUCAUUGAAAGGCUGUCAGAGUCACUGGCUCCACGCAAUGUCGAGAGCUGGAUUCAUUGCAGCGAAGAGAUUAAACAUGGCUUUGAUGGGGCAAAGAGAGCACAAACACAAGCACACACAUAGACACUGCAGAGCGCUGUUUAAAAGCACUUGGGCUCAGCCAGAAAUGGUAAACAAGCGACACAUCUGUGGACUGACACACUCCACAGCACAAUGUUUGCAGUGCUAAACAAAAGAAAACCUCGUGGCAUAUUAAUUUAAACAUGCUUCCUGGAUGCGCUGGGAGAAUGUUGUUUCUGACUUAUCUCCAAAACUCGUUGUCGGAUUGGGUCGAGUGUGGCCCCUGGUGUUGAUUCAGUCAUUGAGUCCUAGCCAUUCAUAAAGCCCAUUUAGAGUGUGUAAAAGCCAGACAGAGCGCACAGCUUGUGUGUGGCUCCAGACCUUAACCCCGGUGCCAGACACACAGUCGGCAUGCAGAGGAAGCAAGCUGGCACAAGCAGCAAACAAGCAGUGUGUGUGAGUGUGCUCUUGUGUACGUGCAAGUGUGUGUGAAAGCUUAUGUGUCGAGUAUGUGUGUGUUCAAUAUGUCUGACUGUGUGUCUGACCACACAAGGCUGCUUCUUUUUUGUACAUGUCAACACCCAACUGCUUCCAUGUACAUUUCAACGCCAAAUGCACUUGUAGUUAUUUGUUUGGUUACAAUUAAGUGUGCCUGUUUGUGUGUGUAUUACGAUUGAACGGUGAGAGGAUACAUGCCGAAGACAGAGAAAAAAAAAAGCUGUGGCUUUUUAUGUCCAUAUUUCAGACCAGACAUUUCAUUGUAUGCUCAUUGCCAGCGGGCAAUAACUCCAGUGUAGUUAUCCAGUGUAAUCAUCAGAACAGUCACAUUACCUUGUUUAAGUCACAGUUCUCAAGGAGAGCAAUCAGGCAACCACCCCAAAAAUAGUGCCCAUACAAAUGCUCCAAUCAGAGGGACCUUUCCUCUUCGCUUUGCGAAAACAGGUGGUCAUUUUGUUCCCUGAUUAACCCCCAACCGUGUCUGGCCCGCUGCACAGUGCUUACCCGGCUACUAGAAAAGCACGAUUUAGCACAAUUUAUAACCCAACCCCAAGGCCACACCUGUUCACUUAGUUUAAUUUAUUUAUUAUUAAUUCCACCAGUAUUAUUUGACAUUGUUAAAUCUUUGCUGUAUAUUUCAAUAUACAAAAACGACCAUUUAUAUUUAAUGAAAAUGCACUGUAGAAUUAGCACAAAAUAAUAUGUUUGGAGAAGUUUCUUAAUGAUGACAGAGAUCUUGCUUUUCAUCCUGCAUGAGUUACUGGUCGUGCAGAAACGGGCACAUUAUUUGUUUGCAUAAUACACUUUCAGUGAGUUAUGAUUCCAUUCACAACCCUGCUUAAUAUCAUGAAGUAUAACGUCUGAUGAGGGUUAACUACCAUUAACCUGUGCCAUACAAGACAAAUCUAAUUUAGAUACAAGAUCUCCUCUACAUGAACUUAUAUUCUGCCCUUAAUUAGCGAAAUGUUGCAUCAAUCAUUUUGGAGAGCUCUUAUUGGCUCAAUUACAUCUUGAACAUUUGUAUUGUCUGA